AUUUGGCACUGAGUACCCUUGGAAGCACAAUCAGUAUCAGAAUGUUAAGGAUCCUUUUAUUCGUUGCUCUGCUUGUCGCAGUUGCAGUAGCAUUACCAGUAACCUCGCCGCAGCUUCAAGAUCUUCAAACGACAGUCACAGCAACCGGACCAGAGGCUGAUCGUCUUAAACGUACCGCGUACAGUAGACAUGGCGGUGGCUUCGGCCACGGAUACGGUGGUGGAUUCGGACAUGGCGGUUUUGGAGGACAUCACGGUUACGGAGGAUAUCACGGUUACGGAGGUUACGGACAUCACGGUGGUUACGGAGGUUACGGACAUUACGGUGGUUACGGAGGCAGAGGAGGAUUUGGAGGAUUUGGAGGAUUCUAAUUCAGAGUUUGUUAAUUCUGGAUAUGGACGAUAAAGGACUUAAAGAAACGACCACUGCGCUCAUUAGGAAUGGAUUUACGUAACAUAAUAAAUUAUACUUGUACAUUUAUUAUAUGUAUAAACGUUCAUAUUUUCAUA